UGCGUGCUAGAUAGAGGCAAAAAAUAUGUUCAUCGCGACGUUCUGAGGCAGAUAUCACACAACUCGCAACAGUAGUCGAAUCUGCGACGAAAAACUGUCCAUCAUCAAAAUUCGCUGUCCGCCAAACGAAAACGCUUAAAUCUGGAAAUUAUUUCACCAAAACGGAUUGAAAAAUACGUAUUUCAAGUUGCCAAAGUCGCGCGGAGCCACCAGGCUAUGAAUAGUGUUGAAGUUUCGUGAAAAAAGUUGGAUUUUGUCAAUUUCGCAAAAGUAUUAGCAAAAAAAAGCUGGAGCUCAGACGUGUGAGGAUCAGAGAGCCAGUCCCGAUCCACGACAGUAACAGCGAGGAGCGAAGCGAUUUUGAAUGAUGGCACUGAACAUUGCAGUUCCGCUGACGACCGUCGGAGAUCUGAUGGAUGGCUUCGGACUGUUGUCCCCAAUUUCACCUCUCAGCGUUGACUGCCGGGGUGUAGUAGCGGCCGGAAGCCAUGGAAAGAAACAAUUGGUCUCACCCGUUGGCAGCGAAUCAAGUGGCGUCAGUUCCCUGGAUUCUGACGAGAUUAAGAAACCAACCUCGCCACCGACGAGCCCAACGGAAGAAGUGGAAAGAUCAUCGGUCAACUCUCCACUUCCGUUGCCUUUGGAGGGUAAAUCUGACACAGCAGGAACCGAAGAUUGCACUAGUCAAGCAGCCUCCAGCUGUUCGUCGUCGUCCACUCGUUCUUCGUUGUCGUCUUCGGAGAGCAUUGGCAGCAACCCGGAGGAACCUGGCUCUGUGGAUGAUUUGCUCGAAACCGAACCGAUCAAAGAAGUCAAGGUCGUACUAGGGGGCCGCGACGUGCUCAAUCUGAUUGACAAUCUGGUCACUCCUGAUCACUUCCGACUGCAGUUCGCCCAGCUGCCAGAGAACGAUAACAUUCAUUUUUUUCUGGACAAUCGCUCCCAGUAUCACCGCCUUGGAGCAAAUGGUCACAUCCAAGAGUACACAAUGGUAAAGUGUAAAUGCUGCGACUUUAGGUACCCGGUCAAUGGAACAUCACUGACGAGUGGAACUACAGCUGCGAGCAUGGGUCAAACGAAUUUGACAGCGGCUUACCAGCUUCAACAGCAACAGCAGCAAUUACAGUGGGGCAGCUUCAGCAACAAUAUAAAUAGUAUUGCCAACAGUAGAGAUAAAGUCAGUUCGAAUGUGACAGCCAAUGCAUUUAACAAAACGUUUGUUGGUGGUAACAGUAACAACAUGAGCAACAGCAGCAGCAAUAAUGGCGGUAGUCACUAUUCCCGCAAUGGCAACAUAACCGCUGCUCUCUUUGGAAGAGAUUCCAACAAUCGUAACAACGCUGGUAGUUUUCUCAACAACACUAGCACGUACCAGAAUCACAAAUCAUAUCAGCAGAGUUUCGGAGCACCGAAUAACAAUGGUAGUAAAUUCAAUACACCGUAUGGUCAGCUUCAGCAGCAACAGUUCUAUUCCAAAAACCACCCGCUCCGUUACGGUAAUGGCAAUGGAAGUGGAGCCGGUCAGUCUACUGGUUCCGAUGGGUUCAAUGCAGUCGUCGCUGCUGCAGCUUUAGCAAGCCAAAACUUGCAAAACUUCCACCUCAUCAAUAAUUACAACAAUCGCUACAAUGGGAAUAAAAGCAACAACAACAAUAACAUGUUUGCUUACUACAAGACAAUGAUGUAAGGGGCAACUAAAGGGAACACAUGCAGUUCCAGCACCGAAAACAGGAAUCGGUGUCGUCGUGUAUUGCCCAAAUCGAGGGAAGGAUUCGUACCUCUCCAUCACCAACCAAAAAAUGGCUGCAGCUGUCCAUUUCAUCGUCAUCAUCGUGCAGUACCGAGAUCAGUUCCUUUUUCAGCCUAAUGAUGAAUCCUUCCAAUUUGUUAGUAGUAUAAAGUAAACAGCUUAAAUUGUGACCAGCCAUGCGGCGAACCAAGCGAGGCACUAAAGAUAAAGGAAGAUAAUAAGGAAGGAACGACAAACGAUAAUAUAGUGACAUUCGAGAGGUUGCUACUAAAACCAACACAUUACAUUUUUACGCCGAGAUAUUUAACUGCAAGCAAACAAAAUCGUUGUAAUUAUUAUACAUACACACAAACAUAUAUAUAUUUUUUAGAGUAAUUGACUUUGUAUAAGAAAUUAAUGUUGAAUUUUAGUUAUUUAUUAUUAUUGAUUGUAUUUCCAAGCAGAACCCAAAACAUACAAGGAACUCCUAGUUAUUUUUUUUAAAUCGCUGCUACCCCCGUUAAUUUGUGUGUCAGGAGAAUCCCUCGAAAGGAAGCAAAUGUAACAAGCAAAUAACGAUCGAGUGAAAAAGCGUUGCCCGUUUUUUGUUGGAAACUAUCAUGAUAAAGAAUUUAUUAUACAGAGGAAAGGAUCUCAUAGUCAAACAGUUGAAUUAAGAUCGAAAAAAACAAAACGCUAGCAGGAAAAGUAGGUUGGAAAUCAACGGCAAAGCCUUUAGCAAAGCAAAAGAUGAAGGGAAAUUGUUUUCCGUCUAAAGUCUUUUUUUAUUAAGAAUAUCAAUUAAAUGUCUUUUAGAAUGUUAGUGAAAAAGCAGAGAAGAUAAAUAAAACGAUUUUAUUUCAAGGAUUACUGUGCAACCAAGCCAAGCAAGAAAUGAAUGAUGAUAGAAAGCAAAAACCAGUCAAAUUGGCUACCCACAAAGAAACGUACCUAGUAUUAAUAGUUGUUGAUCGUUUCCUUUUUAAGACAAUGACAUUCAAAGAAACACGUGAGCAUUAAUGGUUCUGCUGGGAAAAAAAAUACGCGUAACUCUGCUUGAAGCAGAAGUGAGAUUUCAGCUAACUUGCCAAUUUCAGGGAUUCUGACCAAAUGAGAAAAGUUUCACAAACCGUCUCUUAAGUGUUAUCUUUAAUGUCUGCCAGAGAAGAGUAAACAAACUAGCAGAUUACUGACCCUAGCGCCGUUUAUGAGCGGAAAAAUAUGCUUUCCUUUGGAAUUUUUGCCUAGCUUUUUUGGUUACCGUAGCAAGCUGAGCUACCGAAGGGAACAAGAGGAAAGUGACACCAAAAGACCUCAACAAGCUUCCAGGUGCACGACUGUUUCCCUUUCAUUUAACUAGUUUUUUUUUUCAGCUUAUCAGAACAUUCUUGUGCUAGGAAUAUUAAGGCAAAUUUAUACUACUGAACAGAGAAAAAUUUCAAUACCCAAUCAUACACACACCUUAGGAAAUGUGUUUUAUUAAGAAUUGAAAUUAAAAAAAAAAUAACUGUGUGACAUUUUAAUAGACUUGAGCGUUUCAAAAACAAGUAAUUAGGACAUGUUUGUUUUUAUAACUAUAUCGAAACAUCUUCAGUAAGGCAAGGAGAUAUACCAAAAAAAUGUUGAUACUGCAACUAAUAAAGUGAACUUUCUGUGUUUUGUUUAAAAAA